AUGGCUGAGAGCUCCCCGCCGCCCUCCUCCUCUGCCGCUGCCGCUGCUGCCCCAGCAGCUGAGCCCGGAGUCACGGAGCAGCCGGGGCCCCAGAGCCCGCCUCCGUCCCCUCCAGGCCUGGAGGAGCCCCUGGAUGGAGCCGAUCCUGAAGUCCCUCACCCGGACCUGGCACCCGUUGCCUUCUUCUGUCUGCGACAGACCACCAGCCCCCGGAACUGGUGCAUCAAGAUGGUGUGUAACCCAUGGUUUGAAUGUGUCAGCAUGCUGGUGAUCCUGCUGAACUGCGUGACACUUGGCAUGUACCAGCCCUGCGACGACAUGGACUGCCUGUCCGACCGCUGCAAGAUCCUGCAGGUCUUUGAUGACUUCAUCUUCGUCUUCUUUGCCAUGGAGAUGGUGCUCAAGAUGGUGGCCCUGGGCAUUUUUGGCAAGAAGUGCUACCUUGGGGACACAUGGAAUCGACUGGAUUUCUUCAUUGUCAUGGCAGGGAUGGUGGAGUACUCCCUGGACCUCCAGAACAUCAACCUGUCAGCCAUCCGCACCGUGCGCGUCCUGAGGCCCCUCAAAGCCAUCAACCGUGUGCCCAGUAUGCGGAUCCUGGUGAACCUGCUCCUGGAUACGCUGCCCAUGCUGGGAAAUGUCCUCCUGCUCUGCUUCUUUGUCUUCUUCAUCUUUGGCAUCAUCGGCGUACAGCUCUGGGCGGGCCUGCUGCGUAACCGCUGCUUCUUGGAAGAGAACUUCACCAUACAAGGGGAUGUGGCCCUGCCCCCCUACUACCAGCCGGAGGAGGACGAUGAGAUGCCUUUCAUCUGCUCCCUUUCGGGGGACAAUGGCAUCAUGGGCUGCCACGAGAUCCCCCCGCUCAAGGAGCAGGGCCGCGAGUGCUGCCUGUCCAAGGAUGAUGUCUACGACUUCGGGGGAGGGCGCCAGGACCUCAACGCCAGCGGGCUCUGUGUCAACUGGAACCGCUACUACAACGUGUGCCGCACGGGCAGCGCCAACCCUCACAAGGGCGCCAUCAAUUUUGACAACAUCGGCUAUGCCUGGAUUGUCAUCUUCCAGGUGAUCACUCUGGAAGGCUGGGUGGAGAUCAUGUACUAUGUCAUGGAUGCUCAUUCCUUCUACAACUUCAUCUAUUUUAUCCUGCUUAUCAUAGUGGGCUCCUUCUUCAUGAUCAACCUGUGCCUCGUUGUCAUAGCGACCCAGUUCUCGGAGACCAAGCAGCGGGAGCACCGGCUGAUGCUGGAGCAGCGGCAGCGCUACCUGUCCUCCAGCACGGUGGCCAGCUAUGCGGAGCCCGGCGACUGCUACGAGGAGAUCUUUCAGUACGUCUGCCACAUCCUGCGCAAGGCCAGGCGCCGGGCCCUGGGCCUCUACCAGGCCCUGCAGAGCCGGCGCCAGGCCCCGGCCCCAGGCGCGCCCACCAGCAUCAAGCCCGGGCCCCACGCCAAGGAGCCCAGGCACUAUAAGCUGUGCCCUCAACACAGUCCGCUGGACCCGACGCCCCACGCGCUGGUGCAGCCCAUCUCUGCCAUGCUGGCCUCCGACCCCGCCGGCUGCCCCCGCUGCCAGCAUGAGGCGAGCCGCCGGCCCUCGGCCCUGGGCAGCACCGACUCGGGCCAGGAGGGCUCGGGCUCUGGUGGCUCUGGUGGUGGCUCGGAGGAGGCGGAUGGGGACGGAGCCCGGAGCAGCGAGGAUGGGGCCUCCUCAGGGCUGGGGAAGGAGGACGAGGAGGAGCGGGCGGCCGGGGCCACCCGGCUGUGCGGGGAUGUGUGGCGGGAGACUCGAGCCAAGCUCCGAGGCAUCGUGGACAGCAAGUACUUCAACCGGGGCAUCAUGAUGGCCAUCCUGGUCAACACCAUCAGCAUGGGCAUCGAGCACCACGAGCAGCCCGAGGAGCUGACCAACAUCCUGGAGAUCUGCAACGUGGUCUUCACUAGCAUGUUUGCCCUGGAGAUGCUCCUGAAGCUGGCUGCCUUCGGGCUCUUCGACUACCUGCGCAACCCUUACAACAUUUUUGACAGCAUCAUUGUGAUCAUCAGCAUCUGGGAGAUCGUGGGGCAGGCGGACGGCGGGCUGUCGGUGCUGCGGACCUUCCGGCUGCUGCGGGUGUUGAAGCUGGUGCGCUUCAUGCCGGCGCUGCGGCGCCAGCUGGUGGUGCUCAUGAAGACCAUGGACAACGUGGCCACCUUCUGCAUGCUGCUCAUGCUUUUCAUCUUCAUCUUCAGUAUCCUCGGGAUGCACAUCUUUGGCUGCAAAUUCAGCCUCCGCACAGACACGGGAGACACCGUCCCUGACAGGAAGAACUUUGACUCCCUGCUCUGGGCCAUCGUCACGGUGUUCCAGAUCCUCACCCAGGAGGACUGGAACGUUGUCCUCUACAAUGGCAUGGCCUCCACCUCCCCCUGGGCCUCCCUCUACUUUGUCGCCCUCAUGACCUUCGGCAACUAUGUGCUCUUCAACCUUCUGGUGGCCAUCCUAGUGGAGGGCUUCCAGGCAGAGGGUGAUGCCAACCGCUCCUACUCGGACGAGGACCAGAGCUCAUCCAACAUGGAGGAGUUUGACAAGCUUCAGGAAGGCCUGGACGGCGGCGCAGAUCCUAAGCUCUGCCCGAUCCCCAUGACCCCCAAUGGGCACCUGGACCCCAGUCUCCCGCUGGGUGGACAUCUGGGCCCCGCCGGAGCUGCAGCACCUGCCCCCCGCCUCUCGCUGCAGCCAGACCCUGUCCUGGUGGCCCUGGGCUCCCGCAAGAGCAGUGUCAUGUCACUGGGCAGAAUGAGCUAUGACCAGCGCUCCCUGUCCAGCUCCCGGAGCUCCUACUACGGGCCGUGGGGCCGCAGCGGGGCCUGGGCCAGCCGCCGCUCCAGCUGGAACAGCCUCAAGCACAAGCCGCUGUCGGCCGAGCACGAGUCGCUGCUCUCGGCAGAGCGCGGCGGCGGCCCCCGGGCCUGCGAGGGCGCCAGGGACGAGGGGCCGCCGCGCGCUGCGCCGCCGCAUGCCCCGCACGCCCACCACGCGCACCAAGGUCCCCACCCGGCACACCGGCACCGCCACCACCGCCGGACACUGUCCCUCGACACCAGAGACUCGAUGGACCUGGCCGAGCUGGUGCCUACCGUGGGCGCCCAUCCCCGGGCGGCCUGGCGGGCGGUGGGCCCGGCCCCGGGGCACGAAGACUGCAAUGGCAGGAUGCCCAGCAUCGCCAAGGACGUCUUUACCAAGAUGGACGACCGCCGGGAUCGCGGGGAGGAUGAAGAGGAGAUCGACUAUACCCUGUGUUUCCGCGUCCGCAAGAUGAUCGACGUCUAUAAGCCGAACUGGUGCGAGGUCCGCGAGGACUGGUCUGUCUACCUCUUCUCUCCCGAGAACAGGUUCCGGGUCCUGUGUCAGACCAUCAUCGCCCACAAGCUCUUUGACUAUGUCGUCCUGGCUUUCAUCUUUCUCAACUGCAUCACCAUCGCCCUGGAGAGGCCCCAGAUCGAGGCUGGCAGCACCGAACGUAUCUUCCUCACUGUGUCGAACUACAUUUUCACGGCCAUCUUUGUAGGCGAGAUGACACUGAAGGUGGUCUCUCUGGGCCUGUACUUUGGUGAGCAGGCGUACCUGCGCAGUAGCUGGAACGUGCUGGAUGGCUUUCUCGUCUUCGUGUCCAUCAUCGACAUUGUGGUUUCUGUGGCCUCAGCCGGGGGAGCCAAGAUCCUAGGGGUCCUUCGGGUCCUACGGCUCCUGCGCACCCUACGCCCCCUGCGGGUCAUCAGCCGAGCACCUGGUUUGAAGCUGGUAGUGGAGACGCUUAUCUCUUCUCUCAAGCCCAUUGGCAACAUCGUCCUCAUCUGCUGUGCCUUCUUCAUCAUUUUCGGCAUCCUGGGGGUGCAGCUCUUCAAGGGCAAGUUCUACCACUGUCUGGGCGUGGACACCCGCAACAUCACCAACCGCUCCGACUGCGUGGCCGCCAACUACCGCUGGGUCCACCACAAGUACAACUUCGACAACCUGGGCCAGGCCCUGAUGUCCCUCUUUGUCCUGGCCUCUAAGGACGGCUGGGUGAACAUCAUGUACAAUGGACUGGAUGCUGUCGCUGUGGACCAACAGCCCGUGCCCAACCACAACCCCUGGAUGCUGCUCUACUUCAUCUCCUUCCUGCUCAUCGUCAGUUUCUUUGUGCUCAACAUGUUUGUGGGUGUCGUGGUGGAGAACUUCCACAAGUGCCGGCAGCACCAGGAGGCCGAGGAGGCUCGGCGGCGCGAGGAGAAGCGGCUACGGCGCCUGGAGAAGAAGCGCCGGAAGGCCCAGCGGCUGCCCUACUAUGCCACCUAUUGUCCCACACGGCUGCUCAUCCACUCCAUGUGCACCAGCCACUACCUGGACAUCUUCAUCACCUUCAUCAUCUGCCUCAAUGUGGUUACCAUGUCCCUGGAGCACUACAAUCAGCCCACGUCCCUGGAGACAGCCCUCAAGUACUGCAACUACAUGUUCACCACUGUGUUUGUGCUGGAGGCUGUGCUGAAGCUGGUGGCGUUUGGGUUGAGGCGCUUCUUCAAGGAUCGGUGGAACCAGCUGGACCUGGCCAUUGUGCUGCUGUCAGUCAUGGGCAUCACACUGGAGGAGAUUGAGAUCAACGCAGCAUUGCCCAUCAACCCCACCAUCAUCCGCAUAAUGCGGGUUUUGCGCAUCGCCCGGGUGCUGAAGCUGUUGAAGAUGGCUACGGGGAUGCGGGCCCUGCUGGACACGGUGGUGCAGGCUCUGCCCCAGGUGGGCAACCUGGGCCUUCUCUUCAUGCUGCUUUUCUUCAUCUAUGCCGCGCUGGGCGUGGAGCUGUUCGGGAAGCUGGUCUGCAAUGAUGAGAACCCCUGUGAGGGCAUGAGCCGGCAUGCCACCUUCGAGAACUUCGGCAUGGCCUUCCUCACGCUCUUCCAGGUCUCCACCGGCGACAACUGGAAUGGGAUCAUGAAGGACACGCUGCGCGACUGCACCCACGACGAGCGCAGCUGCCUGAGCAGCCUGCAGUUCGUGUCGCCGCUGUACUUCGUCAGCUUCGUGCUCACGGCCCAGUUCGUGCUCAUCAACGUGGUGGUGGCCGUGCUCAUGAAGCACCUGGACGACAGCAACAAGGAGGCCCAGGAGGACGCCGAGAUGGACGCCGAGCUGGAGCUCGAGAUGGCCCACGGCCUGGGUCCCAGCCCGCGACCGCCCGCCAGCUCCCCAGGGGCCCCCGGCCGGGGCCUGGGCGGGGUGGGCGGCGGGAGCGACGCCGAGGGCCGCCUGUGCCGGCGCUGCUACUCUCCGGCCCAGGAGAACCUGUGGCUGGACAGCGUCUCUUUAAUCAUCAAGGACUCCUUGGAGGGGGAGCUGACCAUCAUCGACAACCUGUCCGGCUCCAUCUUCCACCACUACUCCUCGCCGGCCGGCUGUGAGAAGUGUCACCACGACAAGCAAGAGGUGCAGCUGGCCGAGACAGAGGCCUUCUCCCUGAACUCAGACAAGUCCUCCUCCAUCCUACUGGGUGAUGACCUGAGUCUCGAGGAUCCCACAGCAUGCCCGCUCGGCCCCAAGGACAGCAGGGGUGAGCCGGACACACCUGAGCCCAUGCACGCAGGAGAGGUGGGUGAAUGCCUCUUCCCCUUGCCCAACACAGCUGUCUCAUCGGAUCCAGAGAACUUCCUGUGGGAGAGGGAGACGGUCCCAUCCAAUCCCGUCCGGUCCUGGCUGAAGCAGGAGAGCAGCCGAGCUGCACCCCCGAGGCCCUUCUCUCCGGAUGCCUCCAGCCCUCUCCUGCCCAUGCCCGCCGAGUUCUUUCACCCUGCUGUGUCUGCCAGCCAGAAAGGGCAGGAGAAGGGCCCUGGCACUGGGACCCUCCCCAAGAUUGCCCUGCAGGGCUCCUGGGCAUCCCUACGGUCGCCGAGUGUCAACUGCAGCCUCCUCCGGCAGGCCACAGGGAGCGACACGUCGUUGGAGGCCAGCCGCAGCAACUCGGCGGGCAGCCUGCAGACCACGCUGGAGGACAGCCUGACCCUGAGCGACAGUCCCCGGCGCGCCCUGGGGCCCCCGGCCCCCGCCCCUGGCCCCCGAGCCGGCCUGUCGCCCGCCGCCCGCCGCCGGCUCAGCCUGCGGGGCCGGGGCCUGUUCAGCCUGCGCGGGCUGCGGGCGCACCAGCGCAGCCACAGCAGCGGCGGCUCCACCAGCCCGGGCUGCACCCACCACGACUCCAUGGACCCCUCGGACGAGGAGGGCGCGGGCGGCCGCGGCGGCGCGGGCGGCGGGGGCGCGGGCAGCGAGCACUCGGAGACGCUCAGCAGCCUGUCGCUCACGUCGCUGUUCGGGCCGCCGCCGCCGCCGCCGGGGCUCCCGCCGGCGCGCAGGUUCAGCAGCACCAGCAGCCUGGCCGCCGGCCCCGGCCCCGGCCGCCCGCGCAACCCCGCCCGGCCCCGCGGCCUGGCCCGGAGCCCCUCCUGGGCGGCGGACCGCAGCAAGGACGCGGGCGGGGCCCCCCCGGCGCCCCCCGAGCCGCAGCCAGGCCCGGCGGAGCUGCAGCCGGCCGACGCGGCCAGCAAGCGGAAGAGAUGA